AUGUUGAACAACAAUCUGUUUAAAAGAAAAAGUGUAUGGAUUUACUGUUCGAUAAGUGUACUGUGUGUGCUAGUAAUAUUUUCCAUAGUAAAGGUAAUUAUUGUUGGUCCAAGUAAUUUUAUUGAUGAAUGUUUGGAACUUGUUGGUGGUGCCGAUAAACAAACCUGGGUGUUCCUGGUUGCUGGUUCGAAAGGCUGGGAUAAUUAUAGACAUCAGGCUGAUGUUUCGCAUGCAUACCAAACAUUGUUGAAGAAUGGUAUACCAGUUGACCGUAUAAUUGUAAUGAUGACAGAUGAUGUAGCUUUUGACCCCAAAAAUCCAUAUCGUGGUGAGUUAUUUAAUCAUCCUAAUGGUUCAGAUGUUUACCAAGGUGUACAAGUUGACUAUAAAGGUGAGGAAGUAAAUAGUGAAAAUUUCCUGAAUGUAUUAAAUGGAAAUAAGGCAGCUAUGAUAAACCUUGGCUCAGGUCGUGUAAUUGAAAGUAAUCAUAGAGAUAAUAUUUUUGUCUAUUUUGUUGGUCAUGGAACAUCGGGCAUAUUAGCAUUUCCAGAAAAUUACUUAUAUGCUGAUGAACUAAACAAUGCAUUACAAUCACUGUAUAGUGAUCAUAAAUUUAAUAGUAUGCUCUUAUACAUAGAAUCAUGUAGAGCCGGUUCCUUAUUUGAUGGCAUACUGAGUGAAUCUAACAACAUAUUUGCUGUAACUGCAGCUGGACCGAGGGAAAGUUCAUGGUCAAUAUAUUGCAUUGGUGAAGAUGAAGUACCAGAUGUUUGCUUGGGUGAUGAAUUCAGUUGUGCAUGGAUUGAAGAUCAAGCAAAUCUCGGUAUAUUAUAUCCAUCACAUGUGAAUGAAUUGGUUGAAAAAAGAACUGUUCUCAAUCAUUUUAAUUACAUCAGAACUUCAGUUAAAUUAAGCAAUGUAAUGCCGUAUGGAGACUUUAGUGUUGGUCAAAACAAAUUGUCAGCAUAUAUUGGCAAAUCACCGGAAGUAUUUUCCAAAUAUUCUUAUCAGAAUAGUGAUAUUCCUUCAUUUAAUAAACAUAAUGGUACAAAUAUGUUUAGUUCUAAAUUUUCCAAAAAUACGUAUGAGCCAUACCAGACAAAGGAACAACAUAAUGGAAAAAAUAAUACUACAAAACCAAGCUCCAUUUACAAUAGUAUUAUGAGAAAAAUUAUGGACAGAACAUUUAAUACAAUUCUUCGAAGUGUUAUAAAACAAUUGCCAGGAUUUAUUGGACAUAUUGAUGAGCUUAAAGAACUUCCUAGUAAUUUGCCAUUAAAUGUAUUUCCAUGUUACAGACAAACUUUGGAUCACAUAACUACAAACUGUUUUUCUUUACCCAAGAAUAAAUACUCACUUAAUGACGUGCACAUAUUUUUCAAUCUAUGUACAAGAGUUAUAGACAGCGAAUGGAAAUCCGAAGAGUUUUAUAAUGUGUUUGAACAAGUUGUACACAAUGUCUGUUCAAAAAAUACAUCAAUGUUUUCAAAUUUACUUAAAAUGACUGAUAUUUAUUGA